CCUAGAUGAGCAUUCGUAAAACCCGGGUGUUAGUAUAUGAGUGGAGGUAUUUACUGUAGCUUUGUCCCGUACUGCACCUCAGUAGUUAAAACGAUAACCAGGAGAUUUUAACACAGUUAGACUAAUUAUUGGAUAAGCUUCAUAACACAAGAUAAUGAAAAUAUAUCAGGUAUACGUCAGAUGAUAAGCUGGUGUUUCGUCAGCAGUAGUAGAGAAUUGAAGAAGUCUGUAGAACUCUAGGUCAAAUCGUCCAUAAUAUAUUAUACAGUGGUUAAGAGCAAGAAACUUGAGUGGGAAGUUGAAUUGUAUGCAGAUGUUAUAAAUAGAUGUAAAUUCUUGCACUAAAGGAAAGUAACUCGUGUUGUAUGAUAUGAUAUGAUAUGAUAUGAUAUGAUAUAAAAUGGGUAAAGAUAAAAAGCCAGGAAUUUUGGGCUUUCAAACCAAGGAUGCUUUGAAAAAUGAAAACAUUAAACUAACAUCUGAACUGAAAUCCCGUCAAGCCCAAUAUAAGGAAAUCUACAGUCUAGUAGAAACUCUGAACAGGGAAUAUGUCCAGUCAAAAGCUAAUGUGCCAAUGGUUCGAUACAACCAACUAAAAGACAUGAUUAAAAAACUUAUUGAUAAAAAAGUGAUACAAAAAGUGCGCGAUUUAGCGGAUCAUUCCCAAGAAGCACAAGCGUCUGGUACUAAAGCUCUGGUACCAAAAGAUCACGCACACGCAAAAGAAGGUCAACCGGAAGUUCAAACGAUUGGUCAUGGCAUUGGUGGAUUAUUACAGAGAUGCAAAGAAUUCGCCGGUGAUGCAGACGAUAUAGAAUUAAAAGCUAAAAAAGAAAGAGAUCUGAACACAUUAUCCAAACAGGAAGUGACAGAAAAUAAUGACAAGAAGAGAUCUGAAUUACAGGAAUUGAACGCAAAAUUUACUCGAUUCAGUAAUCAUUUAGAGUCAUUACAAAAAGGAUACGAAGAUUCUAAAAAAUUACCCUUCACGACAAGAUAUGGAAAAAUGAAAGAGCUUGUCAAACUAGUCAUAAACGAUUCUACUUUAUAAUCUUGUACAUAACUGUAUGAAGUCUUAUUAAUGAUAAACGAAAUGAUUCUAUUCUUACUUGAUGCAAUAAACUUAGAUCUUUUAAUUUU